AGCGGGGGUUCCUGGCACAGGCAUUGAAAUGCUCAAAAGGAGGCUCCGUCAACUAGUUUAUACACAUCAAACUUGUAGAUGAUGAAAUUAAAGAUUUUUUAUUUUUAUUUAAAAAAAAAUAAUAAUAUAGCACGCUUAUAUUAGGAGUCUGAAACUUCAGAAACGUUCGUAGACGAAGCAAUUGUCGGAGAACCGUUUCAGACUCACAUAUUAGAGUGACAUUGUUCGGAACGCAUCUAUUUCUAAACGUCGAAUGACAUCAAUUUUGGUUAAUUACUUGAUUUUAAUACAGACAACAUUUGAAUAUCUUAAACAAAGUCAUACUAAAAUGUCGGUAAUUAUCCAUUAGAAUAUAAUAUAUAUAUCAUCAUUGAGUGAUGCAACUACUAUCAAUAAUUCUACAAGGAAAACUAAUUACUUAGUCAUUUCAAAUUAAUUCAACAAUCACAACCUAUGUACUAUGACGAAAUCUUUCCUCAAAAAUCGAAAUUCGAAUAGCUGCGCAUGAUUCAGGCGUCCAUUUAACAGUCGUCACAUGCACAGACAUCAUGUGCACAUUAUCACGACCUUGCACACGGAACUGACCUAUGAUAAUGGUAAUCUGGUGGUCACGGCUUUGGGUCGAAGGUGUGGAUAACCCGAAUCUUGGCCAGACGUGAUUGUGAAGCUAAGGUGGGUGGACCAUGGAAGGCCAUGCUCCUUUGAAGGCCGAUUAUAAAAAACUCAUAUUUAUAGUCACGUGAUUACAAAUUCCUUCCACUCACACGAAGCUCCAUCAAACUCAAGGACACAGACGCGGCGACGAGUCGCUCGCGUUGCUAUUUUGUCAGUGCGGUCUCUCGUUUUGUAGACUUCGGACGGCGAGGUUAAAAUUGUAAUUCGCGCGCUCAGCUAAAGAUUACAAGAAUGUCAGGAUCAAAACCUAGAAAAAGGGGUAGUACAUGGGAUGAAGAUAGUUUAAGACGUGCCAUGGAAGCGGUACAAAACAAUGAACUAAAUACAAAUGCUGCUGCGUUAAAAUUUAAUAUUCCAAGACGCACCCUUAGAAACCAUUUACUAAGUGGUAACAGUACUAAAAUUAUUGGGAAGACAACUAUUCUUACAAAAGAAUUAGAAGAAGACUUAUCGCAGCGAAUCAAACGUUUUGCAAAACUGGGUAUACCACUUACUCCUAAAUUUAUUCGGAAACAAGCCUUUUUAUUUUGUGAGAGGUUCAAAAUCAAGCAUUCGUUCAAUAUGUCUACAAGAAUGGCUGGACGCAAAUGGCUUAAAAUGUUUUUAAUUCGAAACCCAUCAAUAUCAAAAAGAAAACCCCAGCUAAUGAAUCCAGCUAGAGCCCAAAAAAUGAAUAAGCCCAUUGUGAAACAUCAUUUUGAAGAAGUGAAAAAACUUUAUGAAGAGUUAGACAUUAAUGCACAUCCAGAACGCUUGUAUAACAUGGAUGAAAAGGGGUGUCGCAUUACGGUUCACAAACAAAAUGUAGUUUUGGCAGAAAAAGGAAACACCAGAGUACAUCUUGUUGCUCCGGAGCACGCUGAGAACGUUACUAUAGCAAUGUGUGUAAAUGCUGUCGGUAAUGCCAUACCUCCAAUGAUUAUUUUUAAAGGAAUUAGGUACAGAUCAGAAUUAGGAUCAAAUUUGCCACAUGGAACAAAGGUGAGCAUGGCACCCAAAGGCAGCAUGACCAGUAGCUUGUUCGUAGAGUUCAUUCAACAUUUUGCUCAACAUAAAGCACCCGGUAAGUGUCUCCUUAUCUUUGAUGGUGCAAAGUGUCAUUUAACAUACGAGGCUCUGGAAGAAGCAGAUAAAAAUAAUACAGUGCUGUAUUGCUUACCUUCUAACACUACGCACGAACUCCAACCUCUGGACAAAUCAGUUAAUCGGUCUUUCGAACAUCACUGGGAUGAAGAAGUGUUGAACUACCUAAGCAAUUCUCUAGAGAGGACUUUAAACAAAGUUGCAUUUAAUAAAAUUUUCUCGCGAACAUGGCCGAAAUGUAUAACGCAAACCAAUAUAACAAAUGGAUUCAAAGCCACUGGCUUAUACCCUCUUGAUCCUGAUGUUAUACCCGAAGAUGCCUAUGCUCCUUCAAUUAUAUCUAAAAGACCUUUACCGGAAACAUUACAAAACGAGAUCGACCAACCGCUUCUACCUGUUCAAGUAUCGUCUCCUGUGUCUGAAUUGUCAUCUCCGUCGCUGAUAGACGAAAGCAGGCCAGCUCAUGCUUACGUAUAUUCCAUUUUUCCAUCAACUUCCGAAGAGAAAACCGUAUCAACAUCGCCAAAAUUUUCAGCUGCGACAGAAAAUAGAAAAGUAAUUCUUGUUCCUUACAGUCCUUCAACUGAUGCUUCUGACAUGGAAUUAGAUAAUUCGGUCAAUGAUCAGUGCGGCCACAUUCUGCGAACUUCAGUAGACCGGUUCAACGACGCAGAUACGAUUGAUGAGGCUCUACCAUCUCUCUAUGAUAAUCCGGUUCCGAGUACGUCCGGGCUACAAGAAAAUUAUGAUUAUUCUAGUCCUGAAUCUGAUCUUGAGUUGAAUCUUAGUGAAUCAUUUAUUAAAAAUAACUACAUGAGUAAACUUCAAAUCUCCGAAUUAUACACUUCUUCUUCGUCAUCUCAUGAAGAUCCCGAUCAGAAAGAACGAAUCACUCCAAAAAAACAAUUAAUCAGGCCUAAAACAAAAGCUCAAAAAAAAUGUCAUGAGAUAAGUCCCUCUGGAUCUUCGGAUGAUGACGAGCCGUUAAUUCACCUAAUUCAGGAAAAAUCGUUUCAUACUUUUUUGCCUACUCCAAACUACGCUAAGAUAAAAUCUACUCGUCCACGACAAAAAGCUAUUAAUUAUAAAGGACAAAGAAUAGUUAAAGAUUUAUUUAAAACUGAAGUAAAAAAGGACGAGUUGAAGCAAACAAUAAGUAAGAAAAAAGAAAAAUCUACAAGUAAACGAGAACAAAAAAAGAAAAAUACCAAUGAAAAUGAUUCCAUAAAAUUACUGAAAAGAAAAGCACAACAACAAAACAGCAAAAGAGUGAAAAAAGAAAGCAAAAGAUUGAAAACAGGAAGCAAAAGAUUAAUAGAUAAGAGAAGUGCAGAAGGUGAAGAAAAGGAAUGGUACUGCCACGCAUGUGGUGAGUGUAGAAUCGAAGUCAUGAGGCAAUGCAGCGAAUGUCAAAAGUGGUAUCACGAGGAGUGUGUUGGUCUCACUAAAAAAGAUCUCGCAUUUUUAUGCUCAGAUUGUGAUUAAAAUAUCCAAAGUUUUUACCCUUUUUAGUUUAUAAGUUUGUUUCCGAAUUUUAGUUAUUACUUUCUUAUUUUUUCGUUUUUUAAUUUUAGGUAUUAUUGAAUUGAAAUAUUUUUGUCUACAAGACUGAUUAUGUGCCAUUUAUACUUUUUUAAUAAUUAGAGAACGUAGUCUUUACUGUCUAUCAGGUAUUACAUUCAAUAUAAAAAAAUAUGUCAUAGAUGAUAAUUGUUAGUUUGGCCUUCUUAAGAACAUUUUGGCCUUACAAAGAACGGACCCAUAAGAAGGCCAUUACGGGUUUAAAAAAAUAUUAAUUAUUUUAUUGUAAAACGCAUUGGAAACUUAUUUGUUAUCGAUAUAAUACUCACGACUAUAAUUUUUAUUUAAUUUCCAUUAAUAUAUUCUUAGUUUUACGAUGAUGUUCAAGGAAUGUUUGUUGAGUUUUUUAAAGAACAUUAUAAUAUGUAAGGCAUUUAAUUUUUCAUUUAAAUGAAAGAGCUUUAUCUGUGGUUUUAGUAAAAGCGAAUAUUUUGAUUAUUUCAAUUCUAGUUUUAAGUUAAACGACUGAUUUAUAAUAUUGGCCUUGUAUGGAGCCUUGUUCCUUACAAGGCCGUUUAGAAAAGCUUUAUAAAAGUUAAGUUUAAGAAAUAGUGAUUACAUCUAGAAUAAAAAAAAGUAUUUUUUAUGAUACACAUUAAAACAAAGUGUCAAUUAA